AUGGCGAGAGGGAGAUUCAAAGUUGUUUGCUCAUAUUGCAGAAAGCGAAAAAUUGGAUGCGAUAAGAAGUCUCCAUGUACAGCAUGUGUGAAGGCUGGCAAUCCAUAUUGCGAUGCUCUAGGCAGACCUGAUCAGAAAUCCGAUGAAGUCACAGACGCUUUAAGACUUAGAGUUGCAACGUUGGAGAAGCAACUUUUUGAAAAUGGUAUUCAUCCGAUGGCUCACUUGUCAGAUGAUGAUCCGAAGGAUACAAUAAACUUUCAUGAUGCCAUCAGCCGUAUUGACCAUCGUGACAACCAGACAUGGAAAUACAUGGGUCCAUUCAAAUGGGUCGUGUUAGUCUCUAUGGACGAUUCUCUUCUACCGAUCUUCAAAAGCUUUUAUCAAGGUAAAGAACGACCAGCAUGUGCCGACGGUGUGGCCCCGUCGUUCUAUCUUCACUCGUUAGAUAAGCAAGUGGGUCUUUUCCAACAGCCUCAUGUUCAGGGCCCUGACGAAACACUACGAAUGAAGCUAUACAACACUUUGCCAAGUGUCCGUGCAAUCUAUUUGCUUAUUGAUAGGUUCUUCAAAAUAGCAUAUCCAUACAUGCCAAUACUCGAUGAAAGCGAUUUUCGUGAGUCUAUUUCCAAUCUUAUAGGUGGACGACCAGAUGAAGAACUGCGAGCUAUAAUAUCAGGUAACGAUGGGUCAUCGCCUGCUAUUUAUGGGAUCCUACUAGUUGUACUAAGGAUUUCCUUCAUCACACUUACGGGAGGGUCGAAUAGAGUUCUGAACUUUUGCUUCCACAACAGCAAAGAAGAGCUUGAUUACCUUAGCUCCCAAAAUAUAGGCCCGGAUUUCAUUGAGUUGGCGAAUCAAUGUCUCAGUGUAUACAAUGUCACAGGCAACAUCUGUUUUGAGGCAUUUCAAUUAGUAGUGGCGCUACGAGUCUACUCUACUGUGGGCCCAGAGACGACAAGUUACGAUUCCCGAUCCAUGACAUUGGCAUCUCUUCUGAACCACAUGGCGUAUAACUUGUGGCUCAACCGAGAUUGGCACACCGACAGACCGGAUUUCAACGAGAAGAAAGACUUACUACAAAAAAAGCUAUGGUAUACUCUUGUCUUCCUCGAUCUUGAUGUCUCUCUUUCUUCAGGAAACUUAAUGAGCAUAGUUCCUGAAACUUUUGAUGUGCGCUUACCCAUCUUCAGACCGCAAAAGUCUAGCGGUCACAAUGACGAAAGCGAGAAGAUGGCUAUCGAACACUUUCAUUGGCUUGAGAGGUCGAGAUUGGCGUUUACAGAUUGCAUAAAGAUGACGGGGAAGGUUUCGGGAAAUGUGAAAAUAUCCCAACUAGAACGCUCGUUGAUGAAAUUGGAGGAGAUAUAUGACGACCUACAGAAGAAUCUUAGGGAGACCGCUAAUGUUCCAUCAUUGACAAUCAAGGAUUCUUUUAUAAAAUAUACUACACUCAAGCUAUUAUUGACAGAGCAUUAUUUCUUGGUGGGUGUAUACACUCAUUUUAUGUAUCAUUACAUCAAGAAAGAAGACAUAGUCAAGGCAAUCACAUACAAAAAUAAGGUCAUCACAAAAUUUGCGUCCGUCUUGUUCCCUUUGAUACCAGAACUCGCAAACCAGUCCAUGACGAUUCUCAGUGGAUCAACAGAUAUCUUCAUUUGUGGGCCAUUUAUUCAAUGCCUUUGCCAGUGCAGCUUAUUCAUCGUUUCAGCGCUAGUUCGGUUUAACCACAAAUUGAACUCGAUGAGGAGCCUGCCAGAUCACCAGAUACUUCUUAAUACUAAUGUCGAGUAUCGCGGGCUAUUUAACGAAAUUGAAAAGCACCUAAGCCUACUCCAACAAUGCAAUCAUAUUGUACUCAGCAUGUACGAUCUAAUGAAGAAUAAGUACGCUGCUGCGAACAGAAUGAGUAUUCUUACAAGAAAAGUUACUGAUUGUGCUUCAUCACCGGACUAUUCCAAGCCAGACGCAAUUAUUAAGAAUUCCAUCGUAGAUGGAAACAAUCUUCGAAUGUGCAAUCAAUUGAUUGAAGAAUGUUUGGAAAAGUUGGACUUUUCUUCUGUAACUGGUUACUCGUCGAGCCUGCCAACCAGUUCUACUAUUAGUGAGAUCCCUACAGAGAUUCUCUGGGAAUCGGGCAGCUUAUCACCAUUCGAAAAGUACUUUGAUUUCGUCCUGAUUGAGGAAAUGUCAAGAUACAUUUUGUGA